AGCGGAAGUGCAAGCAAACGCCAAAAGAUAGCUCAAAGAUUUCUACUCGAUAUUUUCGACUGCAACCUACAGCUAUAUGACAACAUGCCAACAGAUAUUAACUUUCAAACAGAACUGUUAGCUCCGAGUUGGACUGAGUACGCAGAAUGUAAGAAAAGUAUGAAAAAAUCCCCGAGCUGUAACAUUUUACUGGUCAAUUCGUGUAAAAAGGCAAGGCACCGUAUUGCAAAGGUACUUCGCAUAGAUCUAGAAGGUACUUCGUCCCUCCUCGAAAGAAAUCCGCGACUGAAAAUAGUUCAGUUGUUACGAGAUCCUAGGGCUAUUAUGAACAGUCAUUUGCAAACAGGAUGGUAUGGAAUGAAUUUAAAAUCUCACCAACAGAUCGAAGCCGAUUCUAUAGUGCUUUGCUCAAGGUUAAGAAACGAUAUUCUAGCAGGAAAAUCACUGAUGAAAUUAUACCCUGACCGAGUGAGACUGCUUCAAUAUGAAGACUUUAAAAACCUAGACGAGAAAGGGCAAAAACUUUACAAGUUUCUUAACAUGGAAUUGAUAAGUCAAGAAAAUAAUAUUUUACAAAGUUUGAAGAAGGACAAUUUACAGCAUUCAGAGACCCCCAGUACAAACGAGAAGUACGAUAGACGAGAUGGUUUUCAUCCGUUUCUUUUUAGAGAACAAAUGGAUUGGAAUGUUACUGAAAUUGUACAUAAACAUUGUACGGAUGUUUUGAGAGAACUAGGAUUAAGGCAGUUCAAAACAGAGGCAGAAUACCGGGACCUGACCCAAAAUGUUGUGAUAAAUAAGUUACCAUUUGAGUUAACGUAGGUGCAAUUGAAUUUGCUAUACGUUUGUGUGACAAGAUUAUCUUUACAUAUGCAUACGAUUAAAUUUUGUAAGUAUUUCUAUUAUUCAUAUUUUUUUUUUUUAUUUAAAGUCGCACUGACACAGUUAUAGGUCA